UUUUUCAAUUAUUAAAGUAACCAAAAAGACACCAUAAAUAGCCGAUACUUUGAUAACUUCGCUCACGUUAACGAGAAAAAGAUAAAUUUUGGUACAAAUUUUACAAUUGUUGAGUUCUGUAUGAAGGGUUACGAUUACGAUAGAAACAUCAGUACUUUCGUCGUACCGUCCCAUCUAAACGAUAUUGCUACAAAAUAAAAAAUCUUUUAAUGAGAACAUAAUUGAAAUACUAUUUUCAGGUGAAAAUUAUAGUAUAAAAAACAUUAACAAUUUUCAAUUAGGCGUUCACUAAUAAAUAUAUAUAUGUAUAAACAUAGUAUAUACAUACUUUUCAGAUUCUCAAUCAUUUUCUAUUUGCUCCCUAUGAAAGACAUUUAAUGGGAUAUUUUUACUUUCCACACAUACAUGUAUGUACAUUUAUGUGCGACAAAUGACACGCGCAUGUAAUCAAUGCUUUAUUUAUCAUAUUUGUUCUUGCUCAACCAAAAAUGUUGCAAGUUGCAAGUGUUGCGCUUCGGAAGCACGUUGCCACCGAUGCGGUGCAUUCCUGUAUCUGUGCAAUGGCCGUACUUUUACCACAUCCAGCUGCAUGCUGCCGCUACCAUAGCAUUUGAAUUCAACUUCAAGCUAAGGAUUGGUGGACAACGUCACAGAUAUGAGCGUAAGUGUGUUGCAUACUCAUCCGACCAUGGCUGUACAACUAUUUGUAUGUGUACAUGUGCAUAUUUACAUCUACAGAACUUCUUUCAAGUGGUACCUAUUUCCUCACUGACUCUCCGCCACUCUCUGCGUCUUAUAAUCGCCGCAAUCGUUGCAGUAACAGUGGAAACCAACUGCCUACAGUCUACAGCCAGUUUGGUCAGCAUUCCUAAGCUGUUUCGGGAUCUGAAUUUAUGUUCCUGUCUUCAUUCUAUUUUCAAUGUACAUACAUGAAUAGCGGCUACUUCUACAUAUUGCCGAACUGCCUGCAUUUAUGGUUUCACGAUUUUGUUCUUGCGACUCAGAGGUGUGCGUCCAUUCUCAUUCGUUUUCUGAGCAUGUAGGCAAGGCUGCUGUUUCUGCGGCUACUGGUUGUGUUGGCAACAGAACGUCAUCAUCGCCGCCGUCGUCGUCGACAAUUCAACAACCACCACCAACGACUAUCGACCGGCAACCAUCAGGCAUCGGCGGACGUCCGUCCAUGCGCUGGUCUGAGCGCUCUCGUGUUAUGGCAAUGCGCGCAACUGCUACCUGAAUUACUGAACACGCGUCUUGUGUCCGCUGCCAAUUGCCAGUUUUGUCCCCCUGUCUUAGUCCCGGCUGCCAUUGGCCUUCCACUUGCCGCCGCCGGCUGUUGCUGCAUUCCACACACUCGCCGAGCUGUGGAUGUUGCUUCGUAAUACCUCAUCAUCGGCAUGCUCACUUGCUGGCUGCUAUUAUUGAACAAUAUUUGUUGUGUCUUUAGCAUUUUUAUGUGUUUCUGCUUUUUAUGAAGCAUUUUUGUGGAGCUUUUUGAAUCAGUGACUGUUUUUGUUGCCUUGACCAGGCACACUAGCAACAGGCAUAAGCGUAUGCAUACGGGUUAAGAUGAAAACAUACACACGCAUAUACAUUUAUAUAUAGAAGGUUUGUAUGUCAUCACAUACCAAAGGAUGGAUCUCUAGAAUUAAUGAGGUAAAAAAAACAUCGAGCUGUGUCUGCGGCCCUUCUCCACCACUGCACUUGUCCAAGUAACAUUGCUGCAUCGUAAACACCAACCAAAUACAUUGCUCCAAGCUACAACAACAGCAAGCAUCGAAUGGUCGCUCAAUCUGCGGUGCUUGCCGGCUGCUAUGGUGUUGCAUAGUUUAGCUACUUGCCUGCUGGGCUAGGCGACGUUGGUGCGUUGUAAUCACCUUUUCAAAAGACUGGUUUAUGUUUAUUAGUUUUAUUUUUCAUACCUUAUCGGACGCUGCACUCGUUGAUAUGGUAUCGGCAUGGGUAGCCUCGGCCCCUUACCCACUGACCACGACCCAUGAGUAAGCAGCACUUGUGUUAAAUCUCUUCAAAAGGCAGUGACUCGGUGCGGCAUCGAACAUAUCGGAACUUUUUUUAAUUCAAAAACUGCAGCUUAGAAGAAUGAAGGCAAUCGGAUUGUGGUGGUGGUUCUGUGAUAAUGAUAUCUGAACCGUUUUUUAAGGUUAAAAGAGUCUUUAGGAAAUAUGUCAAGAAGAAAGCAUAUUUUUUUUUAAUACAAAUUUGAGACAUUCCAGACCUAAGGCCAAUCAAAUUAUCAUAAAUUAUUACUCUUCGUAGCACCUUUUAGAACGAUCCAAAAUCAAUUAAUUUUAUUGAAGUCAUAACAUCACUUGCUUAGAAAUAUCUCCAAUCCUCUUGCGCAUAAUAAGUUAUUGAAUUAUUGUACAACAUUUUAUGUAGAAUACAAACGUAUCUACUAAUCCAUACAUAUAGCAUAUACAUCUGCGAGGAGAUAACGCAACACAAGAAAAAGCCCUAAAAUAUAAUAUUUUAUAUGUAAAUAUCAAAAGCAGCAGCAGAAGGUUGCCUUUGCCAACAUCUGAAAGAGGUAUACCAAAUAUCUCAAGUUGAAGCUAUAAGAGAGGAAUUUUAAUUUCCGAUGUUUAUCGGUUGCACGCGAUCAACAGCUACAAAAACAAAACAAAAAUUGACGAAUGAAAAUCAAGAAAAAAAUAAAAAUCGAACGAAAACAAAACGAAAUCAACACAACCAAUAACGACCUCAACAGGGAUCUAAAAUAUUACGUUGUUGCUGUUGUUAUUGCAAUUGUCGAAUCUUCUUUAGUCACCACUAUCUUGACUGCCGCUACCUGCGAUAAUGAUUAUGCACCAUUAACAAUAAAUGGAAGAGAAAAUGCUGUUGUUGGUAUGUGGCGAUUGCGAAAACAACAAGAAUGAUGGAAGCACAAACAACAACACGAAGCAGCAGACGCGACUCCAUCCAUACAUACAAAGAAGAUUUGAUAAUAAUUUAUAAAAAAAAAAGUAUGAAACAAAUAAAAUAAAAUAAAAUUGAAAUAUGUAUGUAUGUAUAUAUAUAAAACACGAAGUGCCCAAUGUAAGAAAUAGUAACAAAACAAAGUAAAAAAAUAUGGCAUUUCAUACCAAACAACUAUUUUCGUUGAUAAAAAACUAAGGAAGGCGCACGUACAGAGGCACAGGUAUACAUACGUACAUAUGUGUGUACAAAAGGACGCAAUAAACGCUAAGGGGUAUGGCGAAUACAUGUUUGCGGAUCCGGAGAGCAAACUCUCCAAAUACGGCCCGAAAAGUUGGCGCUCGUCACACACACACGGCCUCGACGCAAAUGGGCGACCUCUCCUGGAAUUACACUUUCGUGUUCAAUUUUAUAUCGAGAGCCCGUUUAUAUUGAAAGAUGAGAUAUCGCGCCAUAAUUACUACCUGCAAUUAAAACACAAUGCUCUACAACGGGAAACGCCUAAAGAAUAUUCAGAACAGUCAAUGAUAUUGCUCGCCGGAUUAGCAUUACAAGCUGAUUUAGGUGAUGCACCAAAUUCAACACAAAUGAGUGGAGCCACAACAUUAAAAUCCUUAUUAUCGAGAGAAAGCAACUAUGGUGAACCGAUGGAGUGUAACCACCUAAGCCAGCUUUCUCCCCACGCUACAAAUUCCACAGUCAAUACAAGUGAAGUCUCAAACUUAACAGGAAAAACUACCGAUAUAACGGCAAUCACAACAACGGAAACGACAGCGUCUGCGAAAACUGAAUCGGCAACUGGAAUUAUAACAACAUUGCCGAAAAUCAACAAACGUCCAGGCAGUGAUAAUGAUCGUGUUCUUCGGCUAUCCAAUUUUCUAAGCACAAAAAAUGUCACAACUUCAUUAGCAAAUACUGACUCACAAGAACCAAUAGCACCAAAAUCGUCCACGUCAGUCUUCCCUAUCAGUGGUAGCUUAAAGCGUAGUCUUGGAGCUAUGGCAGCCUCGUUUUCGGCAUCUUCGUCGAUGUCUUCUAUAAAUCGGGAAUGUUCUUCCAGCACUCCACCAACAACGUCGACUUCUUCGCGCACCUCUCUUUCGGCGCUGGCGCAUACGUCGACAAACAUCUCUACAAAAGAAUAUUUUAACUUCAGUGAUUAUCUGCCUGCUGAGCUACGCACAACUUGGGCAAUGAGUGCUUUACAGGCCUGCCAUCGUGAGUAUCGUGGCAUGUCAACGGCCGACGCAGAGCUUCAUUACAUUCAGCAAGCCAGUCUUGUGCAUGAGUGCGUCAAUGCGCACAUUUUCAGGAUGCGUUCCACGAAAAACGAAAAUGGUUUGGGCAGUUCGUGGUUUGUGGUCUAUUCAAAAGGCAUAAAAGUUUUCAGUUCUUUCGAAAAUCCUCAGCAACAAACCACAUUCUUAUGGCCUAGCAUUACUAAGCUAUCCUUCGAGCGGAAAAAGUUUGAAAUUCGCUCUGGAGAUUGCAAAAUUCUGCUCUAUGCUACCUCGGAUGAGAAAAAUAAAAUGCUAUUAACAUUGUGCCGUGAAACCCAUCAAUUCAGCAUGAAGAUUGCUGCUCGUCUAAAAGAAGUCAUUAAGCGUGAAGAAGAAGAGAGUGAUUGUCUUCAUGCUUGCUACACAUAUUCGCGCAGUUUACAUUUGCCAUACAAAAAUAAAAGUGAUCAGCGCAUAUCCGUAAUUUCGAGCACUAGCUCUAACACCACUUCGGGCAUAGUGAGUGACCGCGUUCAUUCUGAAGAUGAAGUUGAAAUAAUGAUAAAUACACCACCCGUACCAAUUGCAGCACCAUCCACAGAGAGUCUAGCGUUGGCGCAUUUACUAGAUCAUCCUAGCAUCAGUAGACAGACUUCAUCCGUGGGUCAGGUCUCAUUAAAAGAUUUGGAGGAGCAAUUAGCGGCGCUAUCUGUACGUCAGGAACGUAAAAAGCAACACUCGAAUUCCGCAAACUCCGGUGAUGAAUCACCAGAGCGAAGUCAUAAUUCAGAGGGAAACUCUUCUAGUAGCAGUUCUAAUCAGGCAUCGCAACGAGCAGCGGACUCUUCGACGGCAACUGACUCGCCCAGUUCACAACACAAUAUUGGUUCCCAGUGCUCAUCGACCUGUAGUACUGUCGUGGUUUUACCCAACUCAGACUCUACAAAUAAUACGUUAACAUCGUUGGCGGUGAGUUCCAUAAUAAAUUCAACCCCAAUGCAGCGUCGAAAUUCUACAUCCAGUAGCCUUGAAUUGGGAUUUAGUCACACCGCUCAAAAUUCCAUCCUCAGUGAAGCGGAAUCAACGUGUAUUGAACACGAUUUUGCAUCUUCCAGUCGCGAUGAAAACGAGAGCGUUUCUGGUGUAUAUACAUUGGCCCACGGUGCUCCACCCACUGAAACUUCUGGUGUAUACACAAUGCAUAGUAGCGAAAUGACGGGACAAUCGUCGGAGAUGGCCGAGUCUGAGAAAAGCUCGCAUUAUGGAAUAAGUAUUUUUCAGCCCAACAAAGUGGAGGCGAAUGUUAAUAAUUUGCAUGAAAGUCAUCCCAAUCUGGACUCAGUUGAUGGUGUAAAUUAUCACGGUAAACGCAUUAAGAAUGAAGAUUUCCGUUUACGCUCAGACUCAAAUGUAAGCACAAGUGGCUCCUUCCGAGGUGAUGGCAGCGACCCGACCGACAAUAAGCAUAACCUUCUUUCUGCAGAGGAAUUAACCGACUUAAUAGUUGGCCGCGGCACAUAUCCCAAUCGUAAGACGGUGUCAAGCACACUAGAUUCGGACUGCGAUUAUGUUACCUUGCCGUUGCCCAUCAAAGGGGAAUCAUAUAUUCAGGGACAUCAAGAUACUGCACCAACCGAUGAUGAUCAUGUUGAAGAUUUAAUUAAUGAUUUAAUACCGACCGAUCCGCCAGCACCCCCACAACGUAUCGACAGCAAUAACAUGAAGCAUACAACGAAUUUAGCGGGCCUUGGCAAUUUACCAAUGCGUUCUCCACCGCCAUAUCAUGCACGACAUGAAAAAACUGGUCUCUGUGGGCCUCCAGUAUGUUCUGCCUUAACACAAAAGCCUAUCAAUAAUAUCAAAAGCAUUACAGUUGCUACAACUUUUUCCAAAGUGCCAUCGCCAAACAUUCCCAAAGAGGUAAACACAAAUCCAGUGGGCACAUCAAUUCCACGUGCACCCAUUCCAACGGCAUCAGCCGUUCGACGUCGUGACCCUCCACCGUAUCCUACAUCGCAGAAGCCGCGUCCCAUGUCACUGGUAUCAGUAGAAUCCAGCAGCUCUUCUCUCAAUCAUUCCAGCAGUGUUUUAUCUUCGGUUGCAGGAUCUAUGAGCUCUUUAAAAACGGAAGAAAUUACUGCUCGUUUCAUUACCACUCGACCACAAAUAAACAUUCUUAAAGCACAUACCAGUGUAAUUAGUGAUAAUCAGAAACCCAGUUAUGCUGCUCCGACGCAUUGCUCAUCGUCUGCGUCCACAACAGGUUCCAUUUCCAGCCAACACAUGUCGAGUCAUCUUUCACAGCAUUCUGUACACAACUCUCAUUACAUCAGUGCGUCGCAGAUUUCGCUAAACGGCAACAAUCCCCCGGCUUCAGUGACAAGACAAUCAUCCAUAUCUGCAGCAGCAAUGGCACAUGCUGCGGCAGCUGCUGUUGCUACCACCGGAGCAGGCGUCAUACCAAGCACAAUUGGCAUACCAAUUGUUCCUUAUAGAUUGCAUGGCGGACACAGCAGCAUGUCAUCUUUGCAUCAGCAACCACCUCCACCACCACCACCUUAUCCAGAAAUUAAACAGACACCACGAACGUGUGUUAUAUUACCAGUGAUCAAGCAUCGACAGUUUUUACCACCACCACCACCCAAUAUACCACGUCAACCGCCGCCACCACCUCCACCAUCGCAACCAGGAGUUUAUGGUAAUCAGCUUGCACGCAAACAACUCGAGCUGUACCAACAACAGCUGUACAGCGACGUUGACUAUGUUAUAUACCCGAUUCAAGAUCCUGCAGUGAGUCAGCAAGAAUAUUUAGAUGCUAAACAAAGCUCAAUAUAUGCGGCCAUGGCACAAGCGCCACCUCAACCACUCCCGCAUCACCAUCAAUACUUAGCUUAUCACACAGGCAGGGCGCAUGUUGGAUCGUGGGAGACAUGUAAGGGACACGCGAUCUACCGAAGCACACCUUACUUGCCAUUAGCAUUAUCCACACAUUCCCGUUACGCGUCGACACAGAAUUUAUCAGACACAUAUGUGCAACUACCAAGCACAUAUUCGCCACUUUACAGCCCCUCCAUGGCCAGCUUAUGCUCGUCGUAUGAGCCACCACCACCGCCUCCACUGCAUCCUGCCGCAUUGACAGUACCCAGUAUGGGAGCAACAAAUUUAUUUGUGCGUUCACGUUCAGAUGACAAUAUUUUAAAUUCAAUUGACUCUCUUCCAAAGAUGAAACGUAUGCCUCCUCCCCCACCACCACCAUAUGUAAAUAGACGCUUGAAGAAACCACCAAUGCCCACACCAUCUGAAAAACCGCCACCAAUUCCCUCAAAACCAACCGCAACCAAUACUGUGUCGACCAAACGUUCAUCGGCGAUUCGCAAUCAAUUGCCGCCAAGGAAACCACCCACAUUGAAUACCAAUCAGAGUGUCAAUAAUAUGACCCGCACUUCCAGCGGUGCGCAAUGGGCAGGCGAACGGCCAAAACCGAACCCCAUAUCGUAUAACGGCGGCAGUAUCUUAGCACAUCUUCAAGCUAGUGCAGCAGCUGCCAAUCGACAGGCUAUCACAUCUGCUGGAAACAUCAAGUCGAAAGAAACCAACGGCGACAAUGUUAGUGUCGGUCACGGAAACACCGCCUCUGCAAAUCCACUCGAUAUUGCUGUAUUGCGCGAAAAAAGCAAACACUUAGAUUUACCACUUAUCUCUGCGCUCUGCAAUGAUCAGUCACUACUAAAACAGACUAAAGUAUUUGCCGCUUCGAAAACGAAUCGCACAUCUACAACUGCAGCAAUGCGGAAUGUAAACACCAAUGCAGCGUCCACAAGCAGUGGCAGAGCCUCAACGGUGUCUGCAAAUCAAUUCAACAACGGCAAAUCGGUUCAUAAGAACUUGACAACUAGUACUGACGCUUUCGUUGCAAAUGAGGCGGCAAAUACGAUCUCAGCUUCGCCAUCAGCUGUGGUCUCGGCCGGAACAUCAACAAGCACAACAAUGCCAACUUUAAGCACAACACUUUCUACAAACACUAGCACGAAAAGCACAACCUCAACUUCAUCGACACUGCUACUGGUCUCCGGAAAAGGUCGAAAGUCAGUGGGAAGCCAUCGCCAUCCCAAUGACAAACUUCCACCUCUACCCAUGCAAAUGGCAGAGGCAAAUAACUAUGUCAUGGAUCCAGCAAUUAUGAAGCACCACAAAAGCUACAAUUCUCAAAUUUGAAAUCUGUAGUGACUGCAGUUCCCAACAACUAUUAAACAGAUUGGAAAUAAGACUCCGAAUGGAAAAGCGAAACUUUGCAAGAAAAAGUAGGGUAGUUAAGUAUGGAAGAGUAAACGUUUACUGAUGGCUCUUUCUAACACACCGGCGAGUGGCACUAGGCUAAUAUAUGUAAAUGCAAUUUGUCACUUGGUGCACCCAGUCCAUCGUAAAGCUGAAACAAAAGAGGUAUGCAUAAGUACAGGAGGCGUAAGAUCUUUUGCGAUUUCUUUUGUUCAGGUGUUACUUUCUAUUCCUAAAUGAAAAUCACGCCAAACGUCGACUAUAUAUAUAAUAACGAAGUAAAUAAUCCUCAUGGAAAGUUUCUCUACGCAAAGUCACAGUGUCUAGGGGGAAGGUUUGCAGGCGAGGGUUUUCACUACAAACGCGUACUUAUAGCAAAGGUCACGAAACCAUUCAUACUGGUGUGCUGAUAUAUUCUCUCCGGGACAACAAAUUUACACCAAUAUUCGUUGUCGGAUUUUAAUCGGGUAUUUGCCCAAAAAACCUUUUUUUUGAGAACCCAAAUGUCUGAUUUCAGACCAUAUGAAGGUUGCGCUCGAAGAAAUCAGACGCUGCAGUCUUUCAUGUGGCAUACACAUAUGUGCCUACUUACAUACAUGUAAAUAUGUAUUUAUGUACAUUAUGUAAUAUAAAAGCACGUAAUAACAUUUGCCGGAAAUCCGAAAGAUAUGAGUAAUAUCUUGGAAAAAACUGACCUCAUUUCAUUUCAAUUAUAAAAUGAAAAGAAAAACACUUUAAUCUAGUCACUUUUAGAAAUUCAUUAAAAAACAAAUAAGCAAACAAAAGACAAAUAGUACACAAAUACUCACAAUACAAUACAAGUAGAAAUUGGGUAUGAAGAUACGAAAAUAUUUAUUUUCGCUAUAACACAUUAAAUGGAAACUUAUGUCAUACAUGAGCUUUUAUUUGUAUUUAUUUAUUACUUCUGUUUUAUUUUAAUGUUUUGUUUUGUUAUAUUCCUGUCUUUCCCACUUUUCAUAAAAUUGCAAUGAACAGAAGUGACUAAACCACUACAAAGUGCAUAUUUACAUAUAUUUUACAAAUAUCUGUAUUAGACAAGAUAUUAUGCACUCGCAUACUAUUAUACGAAAUCCGCCCAAACAACUGUGAUCGAUUUUUAUUUUUUAUAAUUUAUUUUUAAUUUUUUUUUUUAUCAUUUUAAUGUUUUAUACAUUAAAGCUUCGAAGGAAUCGAAAGAGUAGAGAUUCUUUACUUUUUUCUUCUUCUUUCUUCUAAAGGAGAGCAACGACUACACUAUAACAGUAUAUAAAUAUGUAAGUUCAACGGUGCGUGAAGUUUAGGCUUAAGCAAAGUACGAAUAACACGGAACGAACAAAACGAAUCAAUUUGAUCGAAUGCCCGACUGUUGAUCGUCGAAUGGUUAUCGAUGAGAAGCCAUAAGUCAAUAGUAAUGCAAUCUAACCUCUUUUAGUUUCUUAGCGCUUAGGGUGUAAGUGAGUAAAUACUUUUAUUGUAGUUUACCGUAUUUAUGUACAUACGUAUGUAAAUACAUAUUGGAGAUUUUAAAUAUGCAAAAUGCAUUUAAGUAAAUAUUGCCUAGGCUUGCCCCACCGUACGUUAUGUAGUAGGUACUCACGCUUACAUACAUACAUAAGUAAAGAGAUACCAUUUCAGUAGGUAUAUUUAUAAAUAAGUAUGUCUAAAUAUUAUUAUUAUUAUUGCAUUCAACAAAAUGUACUUAUGUACAUACUGUAUGUUGAUGGUAUUUUGUGGAAAGGUAAAAGGUGAAAUUUGAUCUUUCUGUAUUUCGGUCACAAAAAUUUACGUAGGCUUUUCUCGUUUAAAAGUCUAUAGUUAAAUGUGAUAAGGUGAAUGAAAAACAAAAGGUGAUAUUUUUGCCAUAAUUACCAUCACAAAUAAUGCAAAAAUAUAAACUACAUACAUACAUAUAUAUUGUACAAUUGGUCAAUACACAAUUCGGGACGAUUUGUUAUAUCAAACUGGUCUGUGCACAAAAGCAUAACUGUCACUCUAACAAUUAUUCUCAAAACUAUUGGAUGUCACAAAAAAAAUGACAGUGCAAGAGUCCCCAAUUGUUAUUUUCCUUAAAUAUAUGGUAUUUCCUUCAACUUUUGUGUUUGUUUAUUUUUAUUUUUAAAAAAUCUAAAAAUUUCAUAAAUUAAAUGAAUAUAUUCGAUAGCAAUUUAAAUAAUACUAAAAACUAUGAAACUGUUAUCGUAUUAAUAACAUUAUUUACAUGCAAACACUUACGAUUGUACUGAGAUGUAUAUACAUACAUAUGUUUGUUAAGAGAGAAUUGUAAAGAAUUAUUUGGCUUUUAACUUAUCACCGUAUACGAAAGUCCAAAUCAAUCAAUGUUAAAAAGGCAUACUAAAUUAGUUCUAAAAACAUUCCCACUGUUUAGCGUAAAGUUUAUUAUAAAUAUAAAUUUCAAAUAAAAAUUAAUGAAAUAUAUACAUA